GAGUAGCAACUGUCCCACCUCUCGUGACCAAAACCGAAGCUUUCCUUUUUCUUCUCCUCUUCCACGAGUCCCAUCUUCUUCGUCUCCUUCAUCUUCACGGCACAUUCCCACUAACAAAAAAAGAAGCUUUACUUCUCUCUCUGUUACGCCUACUCAAGUCUCGGGACUCUUUAAAGUCUCAGAAGACUCUUCCUCUCCCUCUCUCGGCGUGGACAACGAUUCUUUCAAGCGACGACUCCGACGAUUCUCUUUUCUCACUUUCAAAGAACUUGGAAAUAUCAAAAAGGCUUUUUUUUUUUUAUCCCAUCUGGUUGGUUCAUCAAUGAGUUUCAUUGGUCUGUGAGCCAUUGCUAGCAACUUCCUUCAGUUCCUAUGGCGGAGAGGAAGCUGAACUUCAACGCACCUCUUCUUUCAACAAGGCGGAUGCAGAGGAAUAAAGCAGUCUCUGUCCGCAGAAACAAGACAAAUAAGUUCAUUGAUGACUCUAACACAAACGGUUCUUCUUCUCUUCCAGUUCUUGUCCCAGAGAUUGGUUUAGAUCAGGUUACUGAACCUGCCUCUGUUCCUUUCACAUGGGAGCAAGCUCCUGGGAGACUUAAAGGAAAUGAUUUCAGAUUUCAAGCCUGUGAUUCGACGCAGCAAGUCUUCACACCAUGUCUUCCACCAGGGAAAGUGAUGGAUAUCCUCAAGUGUCCUGUGGAGAAAGCCAUUGAUGGAAACUUGACAAGGUUGCAGAGUUUUAAGGGUAAGCAGGUUGAAGAAGUAUCAGAGGAUGAAGAUGAUGUGUUUUCUGAUGCGCGUGCCACACUCUCUCCAAAGGACUCGUUUUCUAUAAACCACAGCUUAAGUGGUGUGAGUGGAUAUGGUGUUGUUGAGACGAAGAAACCACUGAACCGUUCUGCGGAUGCUCAAUCUCGGGAUUUCAUGUUGAAUCGUUUUUUACCAGCUGCCAAAGCAAUGACUGUAGAGCAGCCUCAUUAUGCUUCGAAUCGGAAACCAUCGACUUUUAUGUCUGAACCAACGAUACAGAUAAGAGAGUUAGUGCCUGGGGAGAAGAGACAAACUCCUAAUAGGUAUGAUGAGUCUAUAGUUCCACCUUAUUAUGACCACCAAGACAUAAAUGAUGAAGAAAGCGAGGAGGAUGAUGUAGAUGAUGGAGUUUCUGAGUACGCUUAUCUUCCAAAGAGAGGUUGUGGGAUGUUGCCACAAUUGUGCUUUAAAGAAUCUCUAGGCAUGCUGAACACAGUGCCUGGUCUUAAAGCUAAACACAGCCAUGAUCAUCAAGUGAAGUCAAGCAAGGUUUCUCAACUCAAAUCUCGAUUCCAAUCUGUAAAAAAGCUGGCUCUUGAUUCAGUUUCUAAGCACAAUUUGGGUGGUAAAGUUCAAUCGCCAAUACAUCCAAGUGUUGGGAAGAAGUUCAACUCUGAACCAAACCUGACUGUUGCAGUUCGGUCUUCAUCCCCUUACAGACACUCUAGGUGUAUGUCACCAUUUCGAAGUACAGGGAACAGUUCUCCCUUUCACCCUGCGUGUUUCUCUGAGACUCGUAAGGAAGCUGAGAAUCUGAGGGCUAACAGGUUGAACAAGCAUAUUAGAAACAGAAGCAGGUCUCAGGAAUUACUCUACCCAAAAAGCAAUGGUUCAACCAGCUCUCUCUCGGAGAAGACAGUAUAUGUGGACACCGAGAAUUUUCCCAUAACCAAUGAUCAGCAUAACUCAAAUGACAUGAUCAUUCCAAAGGAAGCAGACAUGGGAGGAAAGAAACCAGAGGCCAAUCUUGAUCUUGAAGCUUUUGAAAAUUUAAGUAUUACGAGUGGUCGUGAACGGUCUCCUCUUGCACCACCUUCUCCCAAGAAGCCAUCUGAAUCUUGGCUUUUGCAUAAUUUGCCUUCAGUAACGUCUCUGAUCCCUGCACGUAGAUAUCCGUUCAAUCCCCAAAAGCAAGAUCUUAACGAAACCUCCAGGGACGUUACCAAUUGGGAAACUAUUGUUAAGACUACCUACAUGCACAGAGAUCAUAUCCGGUAUUCUGAAGAACUGGUUUCUCAUACAUCUCAUCAAUGA